AUGGCUGUCUCUUUGCCACCCACCCUGGGACUCACUUCUGCCCCAGAUGAGAUCCAGCACCCACAUAUUAAAUUUUCAGAAUGGAAAUUUAAACUGUUCAGGGUGCGGUCUCUUGAAAAGGCACCUGAAGAAGCUCAAAUAGAAAAGAAAGUUUCCUCUGAGGGGAAACCCUCUCUGGAGCAAUCUCCAGCAGUCCCGGACAAGGCUGAUGGUCAGGAGGCAGCCCUGAGUCCACCAGCAUUGAAAGCUCACCCCAAGUUUCUGAAGGAACCCCACGAUGAUGGGAAAUCAAGAGACAAAGCGAUCCACCAAGCCAACCUUCGACAUCUCUGCCGAAUCUGUGGGAAUUCUUUGAAAACCGACGGGCGUAAUAGGAGGUAUCCGGUCCACGGGCCCGUGGAUGGCAAAACCCAAGUCCUUCUACGGAAGAAGGAAAGGAGGGCCACAUCCUGGCCAGACCUCAUUGCCAAGGUUUUCCAGAUCGAUGUGAAAGCAGACGUUGACUCCGUCCACCCCACCGACUUCUGCCACAAGUGCUGGAAGGUCAUGUACAGAAGGUUUAGCAGCGCCCCACGCGGGGUUUGCUUCCCGAGGAAGGCGGCCCCGGAGUGGCUCCCCCACGCGCCCUCUUGCGACCUCUGCCGCGCUGCCCGCCAGGGACUCAAGAGGAAGAGUCCUCAGCCAAAUGCACAGCUCAGCAAAAGGCUCAGAACCGUGCUUGAGCGGCCGGGCAGGGCCCGUGGGCACCGGAGAAGAGCCCGGGCCGGGCUCCGCGACAGCGGGGCAACCAGGAAGGCCUCCGACUGCGGGAACGUGCACCUUGGUACCGAGCUCCUGGCAGUGGACUUCCCGGCCCACUUCGUGAAGUCCAUCUCCUGCCGGAUCUGUGAGCACAUCCUGGCGGACCCCGUGGAGACCACUUGCAAGCACGUGUUUUGCAGGGUCUGCAUUCUCCGCCGCCUCAAAGCCACGGGCAGCCACUGUCCCUGCUGCCGGUAUCCCUGCUUCCCUACCGACCUGGAGAGCCCGGGGAGGUCCUUUCUGAGCAUCCUGAACUCCCUGAUGGUGAGAUGUCCGGCCAAAGGGUGCGACGAGGAGGUCAGCUUGGAGAGGUACAACCAGCACGUGGCAGGCCACAAGGACUCUGACCAGACUUUUGUGCACAUCAACAAGGGGGGGCGGCCGCGCCAGCCCCUGCUGUCGCUGACCCGGAGGGCUCAGAAGCACCGCCUGCGGGAGCUCAAGCUGCAGGUCAAGGCCUUCGCCGACCGGGAGGAGGGGGGCGACGUGAAGUCCGUGUGCCUGGCGCUGUUCCUGCUGGCGCUGCGGGCCAGGAACGAGCACCGGCAGGCCGACGAGCUGGAGGCCGUCCUGCAGGGCCGCGGCCCCGGCCUGCAGCCGGCCGUCUGCCUGGCCAUCCGCGUCAACACCUUCCUCAGCUGCAGCCAGUACCACAAGAUGUACCGGACCGUGAAGGCCAUCACCGGGAGGCAGAUCUUUCAGCCGCUGCACGCCCUGCGGGCCGCCGAGAAGGCCCUCCUGCCCGGCCACCACGCCUUCGAGUGGCAGCCGCCUCUGCAGAACGUGUCCUCCAGCGCCCACGUUGGCAUCAUCGACGGCCUGUCGGGCCUGUCCCCCUGCGUGGACGACUACCCCGUGGGCACCAUCGCCAAGCGGUUCCGCUACGAUGCGGCCCUGGUGUCCGCUCUGAUGGACAUGCAGGAGGACCUCCUGGAAGGCAUGAGGGCCCGGGGCCUGGACGACCACCUCGGGGGCCCGUUCACCGUGGUGGUCAAGGAGUCCUGCGACGGCAUGGGGGACGUGAGCGAGAAGCACGGCGGCGGCCCGGCCGUCCCCGAGAAGGCCGUGCGGUUCUCGUUCACGGUCAUGAGGAUCACCGUGGCCCAGGGCUCGGAAAGCGUGCAGGUGUUCGAGGAGGGCAAACCGAACUCGGAGCUGUGCUGCAAGCCGCUGUGUCUCAUGCUGGCGGACGAGGCCGACCACGAGACCCUGACGGCCAUCCUGAGCCCGCUGGUCGCCGAGAGGGAGGCCAUGAAGAGCAGCCACCUCCUGCUGGAGAUGGGGGGCGCGCUGCGGACCUUCAGGUUCAUCUUCAGGGGCACCGGAUACGACGAGAAGCUUGUCCGGGAGGUCGAAGGCCUCGAGGCCUCGGGCUCGGUCUACAUCUGCACCCUCUGCGACGCCACCCGCCUGGAAGCCUCUCAGAACCUCGUCCUGCACUCCAUCACCAGGAGCCACUCGGAGAACCUGGAGCGCUAUGAGGUCUGGCGCUCCAACCCCUACCACGAGUCCGUGGACGAGCUGAGGGACCGGGUCAAGGGCGUCUCCUCGAAGCCCUUCAUUGAGACGGUGCCUUCCAUCGAUGCGCUCCACUGCGACAUCGGCAACGCGGCCGAGUUCUACAAGAUCUUCCAGCUCGAGAUAGGCCAGGCCUACAGCAAGGCCGGCGCGUCCAAGGAGGAGCGGAGAAGGUGGCAGGCCACGCUGGACAAGCAUCUCCGCAAGAAGAUGAACCUGAAGCCCAUCAUGAGGAUGAACGGCAACUUCGCCAGGAAGCUCAUGACCAAAGAGACGGUUGAAGCAGUCUGUGAACUAAUCCCCUCUGAGGAGAGGCACGAAGCCCUGAGGGAGCUCAUGGACCUUUACCUGAAGAUGAAGCCUGUAUGGCGAUCUUCGUGUCCCGCGAAAGAGUGCCCAGAAUCCCUGUGCCAGUACAGCUUCAACUCCCAGCGUUUCGCCGAGCUCCUGUCUACCAAGUUCAAGUAUAGAUACGAGGGCAAAAUCACCAAUUACUUCCACAAAACCCUGGCCCACGUCCCCGAAAUUAUCGAGAGAGAUGGUUCCAUCGGGGCCUGGGCGAGCGAGGGCAAUGAGUCUGGCAACAAACUGUUUAGGCGCUUCCGGAAAAUGAACGCCAGGCAGUCCAAGUGCUACGAGAUGGAAGACGUCCUGAAACACCACUGGCUGUACACCUCCAAAUACCUGCAGAGGUUUAUGAAUGCUCACAAUGCGUAUAAAAAGUCCGGCCCUCCCUUCGACUCACAGGCAGGCUUAGGCGAUCCAUUAGGCCUAGAGGACUCUCUGGAAACUCAAGAUUCGAUGGAAUUUUAA